AGUUUUCUAGUAGAAGGUUGAUUAGGAAAACUACUUCUGAGCUAAUGCAAGUUAAAUAGAGGGAUGAAGAAUCUCUGAAGAACUAUAUGAGCAGGUUCAAUGAUGCAGUUUUAAAGGUUAGUUCCUUUGAUCAAGCUGUGGAAAUUGCAGCUGUAAUCUCCGGUCUCAAGCAUGACAGGUUCAGAGACAGUUUGAUCAAACAUGCUGCCACCACCUUUAGCGAGGUGAACGAUAGGUCUCUGAAAUUUAUAACUGCUGAGGAGUACGCCCUGGUGCAAAACCCACCUCCCACUAAGAACCAGCACCCAGAUUGGAGAGAUGACAAUCCGAGCAGGAAAAGGAUGAGGAUGGCGCAAAACCGAGAUCACGGACAUACUACAGAGCAGUGCAACAGCUUAAAGUCCGAACUGGAAAGGUUAGCUAUGAAAGGAAUGCUAAAUGAGUAUGUUCAGAGAGCUAAACAGCCAAGGUUUAUCAGAGAACAGAGGCCACAGCCCCAAGGAGUCCGCAAUCCCCCAAAUAGGCAAGGUGUGGGAUAUCAGCAAGCCCCACCUCCGCUCCCACCACCAGCCAGAAUCAUACACAUGAUUACGGGAGGCCUUGAAGCAGGUGGACUGAGCUCUAAGCAGCGAAAGCUGUAUAAAUAUGAUGGUCCUAUCUAUGGCUUCAACAACCAGCUUGUUCCGGUAGAAGGAGUUCUUACCCUCCAUGUGGCUUUUGGGAGUGGCAGGACCUAUGUGACUCCUUCAGUCCGAUUCCUUUCUCACCUCUGUAUGAAGUUUCCAACUCCUACGGGAAUAGCAACACUGCGAGGAAACCAGGAGGUGGCUAGAUAUUGUUAUAUCACCUCCGUAACACAACCUAUGAAGGGCAAAGAUCCAACACCCGAGGCCAUUCCCCAACCAAUUUCUGAUAAUCAGCAAGUUAUGGGCGUUGAGAUUGUCGAUAAUCGCCCGGAAGAUGAAACCAGAGCUGCUCCGGUCGAAGAUGUUGAAGAGGUGCUCAUUGAUAACAGAGAUCCGAGCCGAAAGACGCAGAUUGGAACUAGAUUGAACCCAGAGGAACGAGCAGAGUUAAUAGCCUUUCUCCGAGCUAAUAAUGAUGUAUUCGCGUGGACUUCGGCUGAUAUGCCAGGAAUUCCGAAAUCAGUUAUUAAAGAAAAGGUAGAGAAACUUCUACAAGCUGGUUUCAUCAGGAAAGUUGAUUACUGCGAAUGGGUGGCUAACCCAGUCUUGGUGAAGAGGGCAAACGGUAAAUGGCGAAUGUGCAUUGAUUACACAAAUCUUAACCAAGCCUGCCCCAAGGAUUGCUAUCCAAUGCCGAGCAUUGACAAGUUAGUUGAAGCGGCUUCAGGCAAUGAGAGGUUAAGCCUCUUGGAUGCAUAUUCUGGGUAUCACCAGGUGCCGAUGGCUCCCGAAGACGAAGAGAAAACCUCGUUCUAUGCUGGCGAUGAAAUCUAUUGCUAUGUCAUGAUGCCGUUUGGCUUAAAGAACGCUGGUGCUACUUAUCAGAAAAUGGUGACCAUCGUCUUCCGAGCUCAGAUUGGCAAGAAUCUGGAGGUGUAUGUCGAUGACAUCGUAGUAAAGAGCCGGAAAGCAGAAGACCAUCUAGUUGAUCUCGACGAAACCUUCAACAACCUCAGAAAGAACAGGAUGCAGUUGAACCCAGCCAAAUGCAUCUUCGGAGUGGAGUCCGGAAAGUUUCUAGGUUUCAUGGUGUCUCGAAAAGGGAUUGAGGUCAAUCCAGAGAAGAUCAGAGCCAUUGCCGAUAUGGAACCGCCGAAAUCAGUAAAAGAUAUACAGAGAUUGACUGGAAGAGUGGCAGCUCUUCAUCGAUUCAUAUCGAAGUCAGCAGAUAAGUGCCUGCCAUUCUUCAAGAUUAUGAGGUCGGCCGCCCAGAAGGAUGAAUCAGGAAAACAGAAGAAAUUUGAAUGGAGUCAGGAGUGCCAAACUGCAUUCGACGAGCUGAAGUCUUAUCUUAGUUUGCCACCUCUACUGACUAAGGCUAUCGAUGGGGAAAUUCUUUAUUUGUAUCUGGGAAUUUCAGAUGAAGCCAUUAGUUCGGUUCUGGUAAGAGAAGAAACCAAGCAGCAUAAACCAAUCUACUAUAUCAGCAGUGUACUGCACGGGGCAGAGCUGAGGUAUCCCAUAGCUGAGAAAGCAACAUUAGCAGUUGUCACUUCUGCCAGGAAGUUGAGGCCAUAUUUCCAGUCAUACCCAAUUAUCGUUCUCACAGAUCAACCUCUCCGGCAGAUUCUGCAGAAACCAGAAUGCUCUGGAAGAUUAAUUAAGUGGGCAGUGGAAUUGGGGGAGUUCGAACUAACGUUUCAGCAGAGAUCGGCAAUCCGAGCUCAAGCACUAGCAGAUUUCAUUGUCGAAUGCACCCCAUGUCCUUCAACCUCUAAUCCAGAGCCCAACGACUGGACCUUAUAUGUUGACGGGGCAUCUAGCAGCAAAGGUUCUGGAGCGGGCGCUCUCUUAAUCGGCCCAGAGGGUUAUCGAAGUGAACAUGCUUUGAAAUUCAACUUUGAUGCAACAAAUAACAUGGCUGAAUAUGAAGCUCUGCUACUUGGCCUACAGCUAGCAUUAGAGUUAAAAUCAGCAAUCAGUGUUUUGAAACUCGGACCGGACCGGUUGGUCGAACCGGUCGAACCGUCACCCGGUCAUGAAAACGGACCGAAUGCAUACCCAGACCCGGUGAGGCGAUCCAACCGCCCAAACCCGCCAGAACCGCCAGAACCACCAGACUCGUUCUCCUUCUCCAAUUCUUUCUUCGAUUCCAAACAAAUUGCAAAGAAGAAACCCGAAACAAUGAUUCCUUAUCUCUUCCAUCCAGAUUCGGAAUCACACUUCUUCUGUUCUUCAUCAGAUCUUCAUCUUGUCACCAUCGCCAAGGUCGUUCUCUCUCUGGAUCCUCUUCGACCUGAAAAUUUUUCUUCUCCGGUUCUCUUCAGAUUUUCCUCUUUCUCCCGAAGUCGUUCUCUCUCUGGAUCCUCUUCGACGGUUCGACCUGAAAUCUUUCUUCUCCGGUUCCCUUCAGGGCCAAACACAGAUGCAGCAUGGGAGCAUUGUGUUGAAGUUGUAGAAGGCACAAAAAAAUCAAUUAAAUGUCUGCACUGCCAAAAGGCAUUUAGAGGAGGAGGCAUUAACAGAAUAAAACAACACCUUGCUGGAAAGGGAGGAGAUGUUAGGAAGUGUAAUAAGGUGCCAUUCGAUGUUCGAUAUCGGAUGCAACAGAGUUUGAAGGAAAUUGAAGAAAGUAAGAAGCAAGCAAAAAAUGUAUGGGAAGAGAAUCCAUUUGGACAUUGUGAUGAAGAUGCACCAGACUUGCAAGAGAUUCCAAAUCCUUCUACGGCUCCACAAUCUCAAGUUAAAGGGAAAGGGUUAGAAAUUUCAGCAAAUAAAAAAAGGAAGGCAAGUGGGAUAGAAAAUUAUUUUGCCCCAAGAGCCACUCCUGGAGCUCAACCAUCAAUUAGAAGUGUCUUGGCAGGUAAAGAUGCCCUCCAUAAUGCUGAUUUGGCCAUUGCUAGGGAAUUGGUUGAAUUUGUGGGUUCUGAUAAUGUUGUGCAUUUAGUGACUGAUAAUGCAGCAAAUUAUAAAAAGGCUGGGAGAUUAUUAAAUGACAUUUAUCCUACAAUCUUUUGGUCUCCUUGUGCUGCACAUUGUUUGAAUUUAAUUUUGAGUGAUAUUGGGAAGUUGGAGGUUGUUAGUAAUCUUGCAAGUCGUGCAUCUUUGGUAUCCAAAUUUAUAUACAAUCAUCCUUCCUUGUUGGCUUGGCUUCGGAAAAGGGAAGGAUGGGCAGAAAUUAUACGUCCUGGGCCAACAUGUUUUGCUACAACAUUCAUUGCAUUGAAAAGCAUUCAUGAGCAUAGGCAUGAUUUACAAGCAUUGGUGACUAGUCUAGAAUUUAAAGAAUCUAGAUACUACAAAGAUCAUAAGGCAAAUGAUGUUGUGGCUGUUGUUUUAGAUAAAAAAUUUUGGAAUAAUUGUGAGCUUGUUGUGAAAAUUGUGGGGCCACUUAUUCGGUUGCUUAGAAUUGUGGAUGGUGACGAAAGGCCUUCACUUGGAUAUGUCUAUGAUGGCAUGUAUAGAGCUAGAAAGGCCAUCAAGACUAUACUAAUGAAUAGGAAGUCUCUGUAUAAGCCUUAUACAAGACUUAUCAAGGGAAGGUGGGAUAGGCAACUUCGUCAAAAUCUUCAUGCUGCUGCCUAUUACUUAAAUCUUGCUUUUUUCUAUGAUAAAGAGAGUUUCUCAACCAAAAAAGAGGUCAUGAACGGCUUUAUGGAUGUUGUGGAUGCAAAAGUGCCAUCUCGGAGGAAUGAUAACAAAAGGAAGACUUGCUUUGAUCCUAUUGAUUAUGAAAGCAUAGAGAAUGUUGAGGAAUGGGUCAUGGAAGAAGAUGAGUCUCCAAUUCUUGAUUAUGAUGAAUUGGAGAAUAUAAUCUAUAAUGAUAAAACAAUGCCAAUAUGUCAUAUAACUCAAAAAGAAGGUGGUACUCAUGAUAUUAAUGAAGAAGUGCAAGGUGGUGAAGAAGGAUCAUUCCAUAUUGGUAGUGCAAGUGGGGGAAUUGAUUUGGAAUCAAUUGGUGAAGAAAAUGAUGAUAGUUAUGAUAGUGAAAAUGAUUUUCAUUCACUCUCCAAGUUUGCCUCUGAUAGCUCUUUAAGUUCCAGAUCUGUUUUUGUCGAGAUCUUAGAUGAACCAAGCUCCAUGAAGCCUCGGGUGAUGGAGAUUAGCACAAACCCUGACACGCCGAACUGGACUAAUUCAAUCAUCUCCUUUUUGCAAGAUGGGAUAGCACCUGAGGAUAGGCAGGAGGCAAUGAAGUUGAGAAAGAAAGCAUCUCGAUAUACACUCGUUGAUGGGGUCCUAUAUAAGAGAUCUUUCUCACUUCCUCUUCUGCGGUGUUUGAAUCUCUAUGAAGCUGAAUAUGCACUUCGAGAGGUGCACGAAGGUGUCUGUGGAAGUCAUGUUGGUGCUAGGACUCUGGCUCACAAAGUCUUAAGGCAAGGAUAUUACUGGCCAAACAUGCAUAAAGAUGCCACUUACUUUGUUCAAAAAUGCCCGAAAUGUCAAUUCUUUACACAUCUGACUCACCAACCAGCAGAGGAGCUCACGAACUUGGUAGCACCAUGGUCAUUUGCUCAGUGGGGAAUGGAUCUUUUAGGCCCGUUCAUAAAAGGGGUCGGUGGUGUAACCCAUCUGAUAUGGGAUCCCGAAUCAGAUUGUGGCCGAUAAUGGAACUCAAUUCAAUUGCUCCUCAUUCCGAGAUUUCUGUUCCAGUUAUGGGAUCAAGUUACAAU